UUGCUCUCAGCGGGAUUGACCAAUCUGCUUCUCUCAAACUAGAAAUUAACCGACACAUUUAUCUCACACAGUGGACGCGCUCUUCUCUCAUUACCUGUGAAUUUAUUGAUUUUCUAAAAGAUUUGCUAAAAUGUUUUACUACCCGACAGUUUUAAAGCGUCACUCAGGAUGUUUCUCUACAAUCUGGCUAGUUGCUACAAAAGGCAUCAGAGUCCCUCGCCGGGAUUUCCUAAAAGUCAACGUCACAAGCACCUGCGAUGACAUCAUGAACUACGUGCUGGAGCGUGUCCCGCCACCUCGGCCUGGUCUGCCGCGACCUCGCUUCUCCCUCUACCUCUCCUCCCAGCUCCAGUAUGGCGUCAUCGUCGUCUACCACCGGCAGUGUGCCAUUCUCCUGGAGGAACUUCAGUCCAUCGUGGGCCGGCUGGUGAAACAGAAGACGUCCCAGAAAAUUGAUAUGGAUGACUCCAGCAGACAACCUCUGGACUUCCCUGAUGCCCUGUCUCUCUUGGAGGAGACAGAAGGAGCCCCAGACCCCUUAUUUGGAGUGAUGUUCAUGCCAGAUGCCACAUCCAGUCCCAAUACACUGAUAAAGAUGGGUCAGGAUUACCUGAGAGAAACCUCUCCUGAGCAUCCUGGACUGGCCAGUCCAGCUGCAGCUGCACUAGAAAUUGGCAUAACGGCAUCUCCAGACACCAUCACUCUGAGAGACACGGAGCCUGUCGCUAUCCCCGUUGCAGAGUUUGAGGGCGAGGAGCUUGCCGAUGAGCAUCCAGAUACUAUUGACUUCCUCUUGGACCAAACCGAUCACUUUCCAGAAGGAGAUUUGGAGAUACUGAGAGAAGGAGGAGAGGGUGACCUGGAGAAAGAGAGAACAAAAGAGCUUACAGGAUCCACUAUUGAAUUACAGCCCACCACUCUCUCCAGUGAAGACGCAAUGUUGUUGCCUCAGGAAGAGCCGGGCCUGUCCGUGGAGGAGCCUGGACCCCCCACAGACCAGCUCACCCCCGUCUCUGUGCCCGCCAUCCCCUACCCACCGCCUGCAGCAAAGGAACGUGAAAGACCAACGCUGGAGUUAGAGGAUUUGCCUUCCCCAGAGGUGAAGACGAGGAAGAGGAGGAAGAGGCAGCUGAUCUUCUUUGACCCGGAGACACAACUCUCCCAGGAGGUGCUGCAACAGUGGAUUGACAACCCUCUGACUGAGACCAGACGGCCACUUCUCCCAACGCCUUCUUCUCACAGGAUGCUCCCUGCUGCUGAGCUCCUCAACAACCCCUGCACCCUCUUGCCCAAAGAUGUGCAGUUUCUAUGGAGACGGGCUGCGACCAUCACAGCUAUCUCAGGCCCGGACCUGCAGUUCGGACAAAGAGGGACCGAGUCUUCCGACUCUGAAAAGGAAAGACAGCGCGAGAUGAUUGAGGCGACUGAAAGAGAGGAGGCGAGACGUGAGCUCAGCCCCAAGGAGGUCCCCAGAGAUUUGGCAGAAUCAGAGGCGUUUGAUAUUUCAGGCCAAGGAUCACUGCCACUGGAGGGAUCCUAUCUGAAAGAGGUGCCUCGAGAGAUCUCCCCCAUGUACACCCCUGAGAGAGAAGGGUCCACUGUCUCCAGGUCUGUUUCUGUGCUGCAGGACAUCCCAGAGGUGGUUGACGAGUUUCUGGAGUCUCCUGGGCUGCUGCCGGAGUUGCCCAGACAUGAAGCGGCACCUGUGCUUUUUCAUUCUCUCCUACCGCCCGAGGUCGACCGCAGAACUGUCAGCAACACUUUUCAGAGGCUCCUGGGUGAGGCAUCAGUUUCAGUUAUCAGCAUAUCAUCCCAUCAGCCCAAGAAACUUUAUCGGCCAGGAAGGUGCAUGCGGAGCAGGCCGAGCCUUUUGGUGACAUAUUGAUAUUACCUGUACCCGAGUAUGAAGAGGAGCAUAUGUCUUUGUGACGCAUACACGAUCACACAUGACAAGUCCCCCCUGAGCCUCCAAAACAAACGUUGUUCAGUCUGAUAGAAGAUUAUUUGUCUGUUUCUUACAUUUCCUGUGUUCACUCUCUCAGGAAGAAGAAGAUCUGGAUUUAAGCAGUAUAAAAGUCAUAAAAGUAUGAUGUUUUGUUAGCGAUCAAUUCAUGAGAUUUGUUAUUGGUGUGGCUUGUUGACAUGUUUAAAAUUAUUGAAGUUGUUACCUGCUGUUUAUAUAGAAUUCCAAAAGUAUCAGAAAGCAAGUUUUAAAGUAUUGGUCCCUUUUGCUACGGUGGCCAAUAAGUUGAAUCAACUCCAUGAGAUUUCAGAUAAAUAUUUUAACUGUUUAUAUAUAUAUAUAUAUUGUAAGACCUGCAUGGUAUUCUGCACUGAAAAGAAACAUCCACCUGUCUGUUCAGGUAAUGUGUC